AUGACAGGCGAACAGCAACCAGAUACAGGUACUGUAACGCUUGGUGAAUCUGUAAAAGUUGCUUAUGUCGGUCAGAUUCGUGACACUUUAGAUAACAAUAAAACAGUUUGGGAAGAAGUUUCUGGCGGUUUAGAUAUCUUAAGAAUUGGUGAAUACGAGAUCGCAUCUCGUGCUUAUAUCGGUCGCUUUAACUUUAAAGGUCAAGAUCAGCAGAAGCGUGUUGGUGAAUUGUCAGGGGGGGAGCGUAACCGUUUACAACUUGCGAAGAUUCUUCAGAUGGGCGCUAACGUUAUCUUACUGGAUGAGCCAUCAAACGACUUGGAUAUUGAAACUUUACGUGCGCUAGAGGAUGCAAUUCUUGUAUUCCCUGGUACUGUCAUGGUGGUAUCGCAUGACCGUUGGUUCCUUGACCGUAUUGCUACACAUAUCUUGUCAUUUGAAAACGAACAGCCAGAAUUCUACGAAGCUUUCGAGCUGCCGAUAAAGUUGGUGUUGUGCUUCGAGAUGGCCUUGAUUUGCGGCAAGCAACAACCAUUUCCCGAGUUGGCCUUGUAG